AUGGAUCAAAUAUUGAAUAAAGUGCGUACUCUGGAUCCUAACAACAGUGAUUCAAUAAAAGAAGCAUUAACAUUAUUUUUCCAAAAAUUACCUAAAUAUAAUGAUCCAAUUUGCAAUAAAUGGCUGAGAGAGAUGCGUAAUAUUAUCGACCGGUUUCCAAAGUAUUGCAUGUCACACCGAAUAAAUGUAGAAAAUUACUUCGUGGGCUUUCUCAGUUCUAACAAUUACUACAGUGUUAUUGAAGUAGCAAAAUGUGUUAAUGCAUUGCAGCAGGUACGUCCAACCAAAGAAAAAACUGCUACACCCAAAUCAAGUUGGAGAGAUCAGAUGAGUGUCCUGUGUAACGCUGCACAUGCACUUAUUACUGCUAUUUUUCCUAAUGCUGUGGAUAUCUAUAAAGAUAAUGCUACACCUAAAACAAUGCCUGCUAAAUCACCUAUAACUGAUUUUCUAGUAGAUAUAACAAAAGUGGUAAAAAAUACAAAAGAUAAGCAACUUGUACUGCAGAUAAGGCUGAAAAAUAUAUUUAUUUUUAUUCAGGCUAUGUUGGUUGAAACAUAUCCAGUAGCUAAACCAAUACAACCCAGGAGUAUCUUAGAUGUUAUAGUGAGAGCAUUAAGUGUUACCAGUGGCUCAAAUCAGGAUGAUAAUAUUGCCGCAGUUAAAAUACAAGCAUUAAGAACCUUAGAUGCACUUAUCAUGUGCCUAGGAUCAAAUCUAAUACCAUUCUCACCGUUAAUAAUUAGAUUGGUAAUGCAAACAUUAAGGUGGAGUACUGAUAACCCAAGUGAAGGUAACAGAAAAGUCCGCACCACAGCAUACAAUACCCUCACAGGCUGGCUCACUACGCUACAUACUCACAGAAUAUCUGACAAUAACUCGUGGGAGGACGAACUCUCAUCACAUAUAAUAUAUGACAUCACACCACAGAAGAAAAUAGUCCAAUUUACUAUGGGCCCACAACCAACAAAAAAUUUAAGCAAGAAAGCUAAGAGGAAACUUGCUAACACUCAACUUCAAGAAAGCACUAUAUCAGCUCAUAUGCCUGGGGAGAAGAAUAAAAUUUCUUUUUCUGAAGAAGUGAACAACGAAGUUGCAAUGGCGGCGUUAGAAUGCGCUGAGGCGUUCCUCACUGUUUGUGGUAGAUUUUUGAAACCCGCUACACAUAAGCUUUUCCAAGAACACGUAAUUCGUGAAUGUUUCAAACACGCGUGCUAUGAAGAAGACUACGUUAUAUGUUUAUUACAUGUGCUGGAAGCUUCCAGAAAAUCUACACCGAAUUCCACUCCUGCGCCCACACAAUACUGCCUUCAACUAUAUAGUACGUUAGUGAAUAUGCAGAAUAGUGAGAUAUCAAAAUUCUGUUCUCAAGCUUUGUUAAAUAUUCGACUUCACCUGCAUUGUUCGCCUCCGUCCAUUAAUUUUGCUAUGGAAUUACCUCACGAAGUUGAAAAACCGGAAAAUAAAAGGAAAAAAGUGUCCGAAAAGAAUAGAGCUGUUCUAGAAUCUUUACUGGGAAAAGAGAAAGUGCCUUCAGAAGAGAUUGUAGAAGAAAUAAUAACUAUAGCAGACGAACCGUCAAAUAAAAAACCACGUAUGGAAGACGAUAAAAUUAGCGUCAGCAGUGAUGAAGUCGAAGAUUCUGUAGAAAUAAGUGAUGAUUCGCAAGACAAUAUGGUCAUUGAGGAAGUUAUUGAACUCGUAGAAGCCACUAAAGAAAACGAACCGACACUACAAAAUAACGAAUCACAAAUGCAUACCCAAAACGAAGUCAAUAGUGAAAAGCUUUUAACUCAAGUUGAAGAUAAUAAAGAACAAACAGAUAAUUUAAGUCAGGACAGUAACGCAGAUAUUGUAUUAACUCAGACUGAAAAUAUAACUGAAGUUGAUAUAGAAAUAAAUAAAAUCUCCAUUCACGAAGCGCAAACUCAAUUUCUAUUAAAUGCUUCGAGUGGAAUAGAAGACAAUGCAUUUGUUUAUUCAGUAGAAGUCGGUUGCGAUUUAGAUACUUCAAAGUUAGGAACGGAAAACGUUAUUUUAGAGAAAAGUAAUACCGAAAAUCUACCUAGCACAAACGAAAGUGACGAUGUUCAAAUCAGUUGUGGACAAAUAUUGCAAAACUCCCAAGAUAUAGAUGAAAAGAAAUCUGAUACUAGUGAUAAAGUUUCUGAAACUGAGGAUGUACCUAAAACUAAUGGCAAUGUGCAAGAAGAAAAUGUACAAAAUGGCGAUAUUACUAAAGACGAUGUGGAUUCGGAAAAUGUUGGAAGUAAAAUUGUGAAAAAUAACAUUUCUGUGGAAGAUAUGCUCGCUGAUUUUGUAGAUGAAGUCAAUGAAGAGGUUGCGGAAACU